AAGAAAAUUCCGGUGAUUCAAAUGACUCAUUUAAUAAUAAGACAAUAUUAGUAGGUGAAGAAAUUGAAACUUGUGUUAGUUCUAUUACAACAAAAUCAAGUGAAAUAAUUCAGGAUAUUGAACCUACAUCUUCUUCAACUAGUUUUGAAACAUUUUUUCAACUUAUAAAUUGUAACGAUCCACCUUCUUGGGCCCCAAUUACGGAUAGCAUUAGAGUUUACCUCGUAACGCAAGAACCUGAUCAAGGUAAAGAUGCUGAUUUUAGCAAAUCUAUGUCAGUCGAUGGUCGUCGAUUUUCCCCUUAUUGGUUUAAAAAAACUUUACCGAACAAUGAAGUUAUAGACAGAAAUUGGUUGAUUUAUUCUAAAAAUAGUAAAACCGUAUUCUGUUUUCCAUGCUGUUUAUUUAAAUCAAAUACCUUAAAAACAGGAAGUAUUGCAUGUACAAACGAGGGUUUUUCGGAUUGGAAAAGUAUUAAUCGUAUUUUAGAUCACGAGAAAUCGGCUGAUCAUAGAAAUCAUUUCUUACAAUGGAAAUCUCUUGAAAAUAGAUUAAAAAACUUUCAAUGCAUUGACGAUAAAUUACAAAAGGCGAUUUUGCUAGAAAAAGAUCGAUGGCGUCAUAUACUUCGUAUAAUUUUAGAUGCAAUUUUAUUUUGCACAAAAAAUAAUUUAGCAUUUAGAGGAUCGAGCACAACAGUAGGAAAUAAACAUUCUGCAAAAUAUUUUUCUUUGCUGUUUGACUGCACUCCCGACGUGUCACAUAAUGAACAAAUGGCUGAAGUGAUUCGUUAUGUUGAUAUUGACAAUGGAAAAAUUAUAAUUGAAGAAAGUUUUAUAGAUUUCAUAAACACGGAGGAAAAAACUGGGGACGGGUUGGCUAUGGAAAUAUUAACAAAAUUAAAAGCUGAUGAACUUGAUGUACAAAAUGUACGGGGACAGGGUUAUGACAAUGGAGCUAACAUGUCAGGAAAAUACCAUGGCGUUCAGGCAGUCAUAUUAAAUAAAAACAAUUUAGCCACAUUCAUUCCAUGCGCUGCUCACUGCCUUAACUUAAAUGGCGUACAUGCAGCAUCAGCUAAUGUUAAGGUACAAUUUUUUUUCGAUGUGAUUCAGAAAAUAUAUACGUUUUUUGUCAAAUCAACUACUCGAUGGAAAAUUUUAAUGGAUACAUUAAAAAUUUCAUUGAAAGGUCAUUCAGAUACCAGAUGUGCUUCAAAAGCACAAGCUGUUAAGGCCAUGAACUUCCAAAUAAAAGAAGUAUUUAAGGUAUUACAAAAUAUUUCUGACUCAGAAUUAAAUUUGGAAACAAAAUCAACAGCUAAAAAUUUACUUCAAUUGAUCAAUUUUGACUUUCUUUGCUUACUUAAUAUUUGGAAUCAAAUUUUAAGUAGUAUAGAUCGUGUUAAUCAAGCUUUACAAAACAAAAGCUUAUCGUUGGAAAAAGCUUCCAAUUUGCUACUCGGGCUUAAAAAUGCUUUGCAGGAAAUUCGUGACACAACCAUGGAAGACAAUUUUACAAAUGCUACAAAAGUUGCAGAAGAGUUACAAAUGACAUGGCGGUAUGAAAAAAUUAUGGAAAUUUCAAAUGAUUUUGAAUUUCUUUCCGGUCAUUCAUUAACCAAUAUGAAUUCACACGAUUUGCAAAAAGCAGCUUCUGAUCUAGGAUUAAAAUAUAAUGAAGAUAUAAAUACUGCGGAAAUAGUUGAAGAAAUUAAAGAUUUUAAACAUUCAGUUUUAUCAAUUUUGCCAAGUAUUGAAUCAGUUACGUUUUUGGAUUUAUUACAAAUAAUUCACGAUUAUAAGCUUAUCGAUCGUAUCCAAAUAUUGAAAUUGCUAUAA